AUGGGAUUUUUCAGUUUUCGUAAAAAGACGAAGAAAGGUGUUUACCGGCAAUUAAAGCCUCAAAUCGCCGUUGUCCGUGAAGAGACGAGCAAUGAUGUAGAUUUAGUCAACCAAAUUAAAGCGUUUAGUCCUGACGUUGACUUAUUACUGAAGGACUACUCGUAUUUUACUGACAGCAUUUUUUCAGAGGAUAUUUUUGGUGGUCAGAGUCUAUCGGAUGACAAUAAACUGUAUUCAGUAUGCUCAUCCUCAGCUAGCGACAUAUCUUCCACUGCUGGUAAACGUACUCUAUCCGGAUCCUUCAAUUAUGAUACACAAUCUGAUAGCACAAAGGUUUCAAAAGAUGAACACAUAACAAUAUGUCAAAAUGGUUUUUCUUCUUCUGUCUCUAUGGAUAGUACCGGUGAUAACUCUAUGAAUAUUACAGACAAACAGAACAUAAUGCAGUACAAUAACAAUGGCAAUAUUGAAAAGGUGAACAAAAUAGAUACGCAACAACCUUGUAUAUUAUCGACGCGAAGCACAAGUGUCAGCACUUUCAGCACGGAUCCGUCACUUACAGUUUCGCAAUCUCCGACCUCAAAACGAACUUUAAAAAGACUUUCGCUCGGUAAUAUAAGCGCUAAGUCUGUGAUAGAAACAAAAAAUAACGUUAUCACUUCUGUGCCACGGAGUAUUAAUAAAAAGGACAGGCCUGACCUACCAUUUGGUUCGGAUAAAGAUGGUAAGGAUUGGUAUGCACAUACAAUGGAAAGAAUGAGAAAAAGACACCGUCAAGAGUAUCGCGCAUCUUCUCAGAGGAUAAUGAAUGCAGUGGACGACACUGCUAUUAUACCUACAUCUAGAACAGCUUCGCUUAUUCAUUAUGCAGGAAAUUCAACUAUAAGUCGUAAAUCACUUCACCUUCCGCCUUCACAAACUGAUCGAAACAUCCCUCAAGAAAAAUAUGCGCGGCAAUCGUUUCAACAAGGAUUCGAUCCUUAUAACUUCCAUCAAUGCACAGAAUUUGACUACGGUCAACAACAAUGCCGCAGUGCACUGGCUAAUUUACAUGGCCGAUCAAGGCAGUCAUAUGUAGGUCAUUAUCCUAUAAGAGACUCUUUACAACAAUAUACAGAGAACUUCAGAGGCAGCUUUUUGGACAUGGAACCGGUGGAUUUCCGAAAGUCAAUGAUCCAAUAUAAACAGCAAUUGCAUAAUACACAUCAGAUCAUGCGUAAAAGUAUACUGAAGGAGGAAUAUACUAAUUUGUUAGGAAAGCGAUCGUCAAAAUUCAAAGGUCCUAAUGAUUAUUACUCAACUUACCAUGGCAACCGCCAAUAUUUGAAUGGUUCGAAUUACCAGCACACCCACAAAAACGAUCGUGUUUCUGAUAUUAUUGCGUUAUUUCCUGAGAGUAUGAACAACCAUGCAAAACCUAAUGAUGCUAACAUGUAUGACAAAUAUAACCAACAAUACAGUACGGCUCCUAAGCAGCAAAAUUGCUCAGCGCAGUUUAAUAAUCAUCAAGUAGUCCAGCGAAACUCUAUAUCUUCGCCUGCCACUAGAUCGUAUCAUAACGAUACAAAUACACAAUAUUUAGUACAAGGCCACAAACACAUUUUUAGAAACCUUCCAGAGAAGACAUCUUCAUGUAUGUCUGCUGCUGACUUGGAAAGCCCUCCGCUUGAGCUGACUUCUCAAUGCUCGCAUCACCGCCCCCAUCAUACAAUGAUCAAUCGUCGUACUACAAGUUCUCAUAGAAAUAGCAGCAGAACCAACUAUCCAGUUCGUACAGAUAGUAACCGUCAUAGUUAUGGUACAUCUAUUAGCAAUAGCAACGGCUUUUAUUACCAUCCAAAUCACGACAAAACUGCCAGCUUAACACGUCGUGGUACCGCCAUUAGCUGUAGUCAUACUCAUAACAAGCGGCGCAACUCUCGAUGUAACUAUCAUACCCACCAGAUUAUUACUUAUGAUUCAACUUCGAUACGUUCCGAACUUGGUCUUUCACAAGGAAACGACUGGUUUAGAUUACAUAUCAUUCGUACAUUAAACAAAGAACAUGAUUUGUCUGAAGCAGCCCAUUCCAAUUAA